AUGCAGCUUCUAUCAACUUCUAUUAUUUCUAUGCUCGUAGCUUCAGCAUUGCUCAUGUCCUCACAAGCAGCUCCUACUCUUCAAACUCGCAGCUCAAUGUCUGGAGAUGCCACAUUUUACUCUGUAGGAUCCGGCUCCUGUGGAGGCUCAAACUCUGAUAACGAGUUUGUUGCAGCGAUUUCUGCUGAAUUGAUGGGCUCUGGCUCCAAGAAGAGCUCUCAUUGCGGUAAAUACAUUACUGUUAAAGGCAAGCACGGAUCUGUCAAGUUGAAGAUUGUCGACACUUGUCCUGGAUGCAAAAAAGGCGAUGUUGACAUGAGCAGAGCCGCAUUCGAAAAGAUUGCAAAGCUUAGCGAAGGCCGUGUCCCUAUUUCAUGGUCUAUUUAA